AUGUCAGCACCAACAACUACAACAUCAACUACUAGUACUACUACAGCUACUACUACUACUACUAGUAACAAUAAUAAUAAUAACAAUAACAAUGAUUCAGCACCACCAUCACCAAUCUUGGAUCACAAGAAUACAUUCACUGUAACUGAUAAUAGAACUGGAAAGACAUAUACCAUCCCAAUCAGCCAUGAGACUGUAAAGUCGGUUGAUUUCAGACAAAUCAAGGAAUUACCUUCUGACUUUGGUACAAUGAUUUAUGACCCAGGAUAUUACAAUACAGCAGUUUGUAAAUCAAACAUUUGUUACAUCGAUGGUGAAAAGGGUGUUUUGGAAUAUAGAGGUUAUGCCAUUGAAGAUCUUGCCAAUAACUCUAGUUUUCUUGAAGUUGCUUAUCUAUUGAUUUAUGGUGGUUUACCAAAUAAUGAUCAAUUAACAUUAUGGUCAACUAAAAUUAUGAAUCAUACAUUUAUUCACGAGAAUUUGAUUCAAUUGAUGAAAUCAUUCCGUUAUGAUGCUCAUCCAAUGGGUAUGUUGAUCAGUUCAAUGAGUGCCAUGUCAACCUUUUAUCCAGAGGCUAAUCCAGCUCUCCGUGGUGCCGAUAUCUACAAGAACAAAGCACUCAUGAACAAACAAAUAUUCAGAAUCCUUGGUAAAUUACCAACUAUUGCUGCAUGUGCUUAUCGUCAUCGUAUUGGUCGACCAUACAAUAAUCCAAUUAAUACAUUGUCAUUUACAGAAAACUUUUUAUACAUGUUGGAUCGUUUGAGUGAAACCAAUUACAAACCACAUCCAACACUUACACGUGCACUCGACAAGUUGUUUAUUAUCCAUGCCGAUCAUGAAUUGAAUUGCUCGACUGCCACUAUGCGUCAAAUCUCCUCGACGUUGGUCGACCCCUACACUGCCGUCGCUGGUGCAGCCGGUGCUUUGUACGGCCCACUCCACGGUGGCGCCAACGAAGCUGUGCUUCGCAUGCUCGAGCACAUUGGAUCUGUCGAAAACAUCCCCUCCUUUUUGGAACAGGUCAAGCAAAAGAAGCAACGUCUUAUGGGCUUUGGACAUCGUGUCUACAAGUCUUAUGACCCACGUGCCAAGAUUCUCAAGGAUGUAACCAACGAAGUGUUUGAUUUGUUGGGUCGUAACCCUUUGAUGGAGAUUGCCAUUGAAUUGGAACGUCUUGCACUCACUGACAAGUACUUUGUCGAUCGUCAACUCUACCCCAACGUAGAUUUCUACUCGGGUAUUAUAUACAAGACUAUGGGGUUCCCCACCGAUAUGUUCCCAGUGCUCUUCUCCAUCCCAAGAGCUGCUGGUUGGUUGGCCCAUUGGGUCGAGUCUGUCAGCGACCCAGAUCUCCGUAUCUUCCGUCCACGUCAAGUCUAUCUCGGCAAGCGCGGACUCAAGUACGUCCCUCUCAGCCAGAGAUCAGCCACACCCCAAGAUGCCCUCUCUAGUUAUGCAUCUGGCAUGUCCUCGCGUCGUCAAGUAUCCGACGGUCUCCAAGGUGUCAAAUACGAUGAAACCAACGCUAUCCCAAAGACUGCCAACGGUUCAAAAUCAUCUCUUAGUCAAUCUAUUGAAGAUUCAUUUGGUUUAAAUGAUAAAUUAAAUAUCAAAUAA